AUGUUCCAAAAGCUUGUCAACUACUGGAUGUCCACCUUCAUUACAGAACGUCUUCUAGCAAGCCCAUUAUUCAAUCGCAUGGCCGCUAAGACACAUCAGCAUGUCUCUACUAUUACAAAUAAAGGAACCAAAACCGGCUCUGAAUUUAUCAAGGCUUUUAAAGAGAAUCUCGAAAAGGAAGCCCAAAACAAUGUACGAAAGUAA